GUGAAGAAUGCAUUGGCGAAAGGGAAAGCUGUGAAUUGAUGCAAAAGCUAAACUAUUCCAAUGAGGAGAUAUGUGUUUGUUUUGUUCGGGGCAAGGAACCUCCAAAAUCAAUUUUAGAAGCAUCAGGGAAUGUUUUGGAUCCCAGUCGAAGAACCUCUAAGCGCUCCCGGAAGUCGACAUCUACAAACUCUAAGAAGUUGAGUGUUUCAGGGUCCACGACAGUCUACCAGCUAAAGAUGAUGAUAUGGGAAUCAUUUGGGAUAGUUAAAGAGAAUCAGAUACUUCAUAAAGGUUCCAGAACAAUUGAGGGGGAGUCUGCAUGUCUUGCUGACUUGAAUAUUUUUCCUGGAGACAUUCUGUGGGUAACAGAUUCGGAAAUCCAUGAGAAUCGUGAUAUUGCAGAUGAGCUUUCUGACGAGAAGAUGGACGUUGAAAAACUUGAAGAAGGUUUCCGUGGAACACUUCUUGCAUCAAACAUCUCUCCACAGGCGGUCUCAGAAGGGUGCUUUAACUGAUGGUCACCACAUAAGAAGUGUGGCUUUAUUGAAUUUUGGAUUCAGGAGAGAUCUUAUUGGAGGUUCAGCAAGUCCUUUUGAGGUGGGGGUUUAUGAGGUUUGGCACUUAAGCAAUAUCAGCUUCAAUAUUUGUGAAAGAGUUCCCUAUAGGUGAUUCUACUGGAACAACACAGAACAAAGAUCUUCUGUACAAAGUGUACAUUUUGGUGCUGGUGACGUUGCAUUGUUCUACAAGAUCAGCUGCAGCACGUCAUGCUGUCAUCUUCUAUAGUUGCUUAUUCUGUUGUGUAUUAUACCUACUACCCAUUGGCAUUCUUAGCCGAAUUUUGUUCAUCUAGUGGUAAUGAAGGCUAGGCUCUGCUUUGGGACAGGUCUGUACAUUGUUACCCUUCUUGGCUUUAAUGAUCGAGAUCUUAUGUGCAUCACGAAUGCCUAUUAAGUAUGAUAUAUAUGAGAAGUGUGCAUCAUUUUGCUAGUUGCUGCAGUAGGUAACUCGCAGUUGUAAAUCAAAUAUAUAUACCAUACUUUUGCCUAGUUCUUAGUGCAAUGAAACUCUUUGAAAGAUGUGAAUCAUUGCAGCUCCAUCUGUUAUAAACCGUUUUGUCUUGGAGAAAA